AUCUGUCUUAAGUGAGAAUCAAAUAGGUUAUGAAUUUGAUUCGGACACUAGUUCCAUUGAAUUUAACAAUCAAAGGAAACAAACAGCGAAAAAACAAACCCUAAACCGCCACAAAUUGGCAUCAAAACAGUUAAACAGUAGAUGGACAUAAUCGUCCAAUUCUUAAUACCCACAAAACAACGAGGUAAAGUAUUCACAAUGCUUGGAGUCGUUCAACAUUCAUCGUUCGAGAUUUAGAAUUCAUGAUUCGAGAUUCCAGAUUCAGGACUUGAAUUCAAGAUCCCAAACACCCCCUCUAAAACUCCUUGCCAUUGCUGAUUUCACUGCUGUAAUUCGUGCUCAGAAAUCGACAGCACUUCAAACUAUUGUUGAUCCACACCGAAGAUCUGAAUGUAGUAGAGCUCUAAGUAUGGAUAAUGACGUUCACCGGUCUGUCUCUCUACGCGCAAGCCGUCGGCCUGACCGUUCAGUUGAUAACUUCCAGAUCAAAGAUGCAGAUAAAUUAUCUUCAGACUACCCGAUUAAGAUCAUUUGGAAAAGGGGAUUCAUUCGUUUGCUUUUAGUCGGUGGUAUUUUAUGGAUGUUGCUCAUUCUAGCUGUUCUAUUGUUUCAUAUAUGGACUUGCCAGUCAUCUCUUGUUUUCCUUUCAGCUAUUUGUAACAAAGACAGCACAGUGUUUCAGAUGUUACACACAAUGGGGCUGGUAACUCCGCCACAUCGAUGUUCUAUUCCCCUGGCUAGUGACCCAGAAAAAGUAGUUAUUCCAGAAAAAAGGUCUCCUUCAAAAUUUGUUCAAAGUUUAUCGUACUUUGAAGAGGAUGAUGCAAGCACAAAUGGGUCACAGUCUUCUCCACUAUUUGGAGGGCAUCAAAGCUGGAAACAGAGAGACGAUAGUUUUAAGCUCAAAUCAAGCAUGAAGGUACAUUGUGGUUUUAUGAGAAACGGGGGUGCAGAAAUGUCUCCCAAAGACAAGGAAUAUGUAAAAAAAUGUAAAUUUGUGGUUGCGUCUGGAAUAUUUGACGGAUAUGAUACACCUCACCAGCCAUCAAAUGUAAGUCCCAGAUCCAAGAAACUGUUUUGUUUUCUUAUGGUGGUGGAUGAGAUAUCCUUAGAUUUUAUAAAGAGUAAUGUUAGUGUGAGAGACGAUGAAUGGGUCGGUAUUUGGCGUCUUAUCGUGCUUAAGAAUCCACCAUAUGAUGAGCCUAGAAGGAACGGGAAGGUUCCUAAAAUAUUGACUCAUCGGCUUUUUCCUCAAGCUCUAUACAGCAUCUGGAUUGAUGGAAAAAUGGAGCUUAUUGUUGAUCCUUUGCUUAUGUUGGAAAGAUAUUUGUGGCGUGGAAAGCAUACGUUUGCCAUAGCUCAGCACAAGCAUCAUAAGAACAUAUACGAGGAGGCUGAUUCUAACAAAAGAAGGAAGCGAUAUGCUCGGCCUCUUAUUGAUCACCACAUGAAAAUAUAUCGUUAUGAGGGAUUGGAGCCUUGGACCCCGUUGAAGCAAACCAGAAGCGAUGUACCGGAAGGAGCUAUAAUUAUACGCGAACAUACACCACUGAACAACUUAUUUAGUUGCCUGUGGUUCAACGAGGUGAAUCUAUUCACGCCAAGAGAUCAGUUAAGUUUUGGGUUUGUUGUUUACAGAUUAAAGGGCAGUUUCAAGUUCUUCAUGUUCCCAAACUGUGAAUAUAACUCGAUCUUUAUAUUACACCCACACACUCGUGAACAUUCCUCUAAAAUCGAGUGGGUUAAAUCCUUAAAUGAGUUUAAAGGCAACAACAGUGGAUUAAAAGAAAGCAGAGGAGGAUUAGGGUUGUGGUCUCCUUAUCCUGCUGACCUUAAUUCGGUUGUACUUCCACCUGUAGCAAGAACAUCUAAAGCCGGAUGAUUCAAGAACCUGUAUUCACGUUUUUUGACACAUUGUUCGUAGUUUAUAUAAACAUUUUAAGUUGUCACCAUGUCGUUAGUCGGGUUGUUCUUGUAGGUUAGAUUUUGUUAUUGUUUUUCACUUGUGAUCUAGAAGAAAAGAUCUCUAGAAAAGAUAUGAACCUUGAUUGUUAUUAUUAUUGGUUAAUAUUAUAAAAAACCGAAACACUUUUUAUUAUAUA